AUGGCUUCAGUACCUCCUCCCAUUGGCAACAGUACUAUUUCUUCUCAAUAUGGAUAUCAGCCAUCUUUGGGAGUCGAUAUCACAGGUUUGCUGCUUUUUACAAUCUCUACUAUCGUUCAUACUUAUCAAAUGUUCACAUCUCGCAUGUGGUGGCUUAUUGUACUAUUAAUCGGUGGAAUAACAGAGAUUAUCGGCUACGCGGCUCGAAUAUAUUCAUGGACAGAUGAUACGAAUCUUGAUGCAUUUCUCGCACAGACUGUGACACUAAUUAUUGCACCAUCGUUCUUCUCAGCUGCACUCUAUGUUGUAUUUGGUCUGAUCGUCAUCAUGGUUGGUCGUCAAUACUCAAUACUGGCACCACAAUGGUACACCGUGAUCUUUGUCAUUGCUGAUCUAAUCUCUCUUAUCAUACAAUCUGUCGGCGGAUGA